CUUCAUCAUCAUCAAUGGCGGGUUUCGAAGGAUUUGAGAAAAGAUUAGAACUUCAAUUCACAGGCCAUGACGAUGAAGAUCAUUCACCCACAUCUGAUCUGGGUCUUCGCCGUCUCUGUUUCCAAACCCUUGAAUCCAUUCUCCAUUUAGUCCAGUGCACUGUAGUCUCUGCUGUAUCCAACCAUUACUUUGAUUCAUAUGUUCUUUCUGAAUCAAGCUUAUUCAUUUAUCCAAACAAAAUCAUCAUCAAAACAUGUGGAACAACCCAGUUACUUAAAUCUGUUCGUCCAUUUAUCCGGCAUGCCCGUGAUCUUGGUCUCUCUGUUUGCGGAUGUAAAUACACCCGUGGUAGCUUCAUCUUCCCUGAUUCUCAACCUUACCCACAUUCAAGUUUCAAAGAUGAAGUUGUUUAUUUAGAAGAAAGUUUACCAGAUCAUCUUUGUUAUAAGAAAGCAACUGUUAUGCCCUCCAAUUUACCUUCCAUGACUUGGCAUGUCUUCGCCGCAGCUGAUGAAUCUCAUUUGUUGGACAAUUUCUCCGGCGAUACUUACACUGUUGAAGUUUGUAUGACCAAAUUAGAUCAGACUCUUGCUCGUAAGUUUUUCCGGCGACCACAUGAUGGGAAAGGAAGUGAUUUGGCCGGAAAAGAAAUGACAGAGAUAACAGGUAUUGGAGACAUAAAUCCAAAUGCUUUAAUCUGCGAUUUUGCAUUCGACCCAUGUGGGUAUUCGAUGAAUGGGAUCGACGGCGACCGGUACUCGACGAUCCAUGUCACGCCGGAGGAUGGUUUUAGUUAUGCGAGUUUUGAGUGUAUUGGGUCGGCUUAUGAUGUGGGUAGGGUGGUGAAGAAGGCGGUGCAAGUGUUUCGACCGGCGAUUAUGUCGGUGGCGCUGACGUGUCCGGCGGGGAGGAGGGAUUUGUGGGCGAGGAUUGGCGGCGCUUUGAAGCCGAUGGGAUAUAAAUGUAGAAGCUGUGUGGCGGAUGAAUUUCCUACAAAUGAAAACAUUGUAUUUCAAACUUUCAGUACGAGGAUGAAUUGAUUAAUAUGUUUGGGAGGAUUGAUGAUGUUUAUCACAAAUUAAGUUUUUUUGUUUUUUUUUUAUGUAUUUUGUUUUGAUGAGUUUAAUUAAGUUAGAAUAGGAAAUUAUUUUAGAGAUGAUGAUGAUGAUUAUGGAUUGGGACUGUGGGGUUGACUUAAGAUCGAGCCUGCCUGUGUUUGGUUCCAUAUUGGUGGGGUUUUCAAAAAAAGAAAGAAGAAAGAAAGUAAAAAUAUGUCUAAUUUCUUGUUUAUUUCAU